UCUAUUGCAUACGGGAUUUCCUUAACUAAAGCUUUUUUGUUAUCAAUUGCGGGAUUCACAACCUCAGAAAUCACAUCAGUUGGAGUUUGAUAAUGAACACUCCCGCUUUCUGAGAAUUUUAAAAAGGAUAAAGUUCGUUCUUCAAGUGCUAUCUAUCGUGCGAAUUAUUAUCACUACUUGGGCACAAGCAACCUUUUAAGUUACAACCCGCUGUUCUCAGUAAAUAGUGCUCGUAUACUGUUCGUGUACGUUGUGGUUUUGCUGUGCGUUUCUUUUUAUUGACAAUUGGGUAAACAUGAGCGGAAACGAGGGAAGCAGCCGCCUCAGACGCUACCUGGGAAGUAUGGCGGAGGGAGCAGGGCGCUACCAGGGAAGUGUGGUGGCGAGCGCAGGACGCUACCUGGGAAGUAUGGCGGAGGGAGCAGGGCGCUACCAGGGAAGUGUGGUGGCGAGCGCAGGACGCUACCUGGGAAGUAUGGCGGAGGGAGCAGGGCGCUACCAGGGAAGUGUGGUGGCGAGCGCAGGACGCUACCUGGGAAGUAUGGCGGAGGGAGCAGGGCGCUACCAGGGAAGUGUGGUGGCGAGCGCAGGACGCUACCUGGGAAGUAUGGCGGAGGGAGCAGGGCGCUACCAGGGAAGUGUGGUGGCGAGCGCAGGACGCUACCUGGGAAGUAUGGCGGAGGGAGCAGGGCGCUACCAGGGAAGUGUGGUGGCGAGCGCAGGACGCUACCUGGGAAGUAUGGCGGAGGGAGCAGGGCGCUACCAGGGAAGUGUGGUGGCGAGCGCAGGACGCUACCUGGGAAGUGUGGCGGAGAGCGUAGCUGCCAUCAGUCGCCUGCCAGGAGGCAAGUUCGGCCUGCUGCCCGCCAAGCAGCUCAGCAAGUCCACCCGGUUCGGCAUCAAGGAACUGACUACGGGCAGAUGGCUCUUGAGGUUCGACAAGCCCCAUGCUGGUGUCAGACACGCUCAUGUGAACAUCAACUACAAGCUGACGAGAGUCCGGGAUCCACAUACCAGAGUACCGGAGUCGGUGGUAAACGCUCUUGGCGUGGGUGGGAAGGUGCUGCGCACGGUCGGCGAGGCAGCGACUGUGGUCGCAGUGGCGGUGGACGCCUACCGCCUGGGCCGCGACGCCGAGGCGGACAUCCUGGAGAAGGGCCGGCUGGGCAAGCGCACGGCCAGGACGGCCGCCUCCAUCGGCGGCGGCUGGGCCGGGGGGCUCGGCGGCGCGGCGGCGGGGAACAUCACCGGCGCCUGGGUGGGCGGCGCCCUGGGGUCGCUGCCGGGGGCCGCGGUCGGCUCGCUCGUCGGCGCGGUGCUGGGCGGCGUGGCGGGAUGCGUAGGCGGCAGCACGGCAGCGAGCAGCGCCGUGGGGGCGGCGCCCUCGUCGGCGGCGGGGGCCACCAUCUACAGCUGGUGUCCGAGUCUGCUGUCCCGCCUCCAGCGUUAAGCCCGGAAGGCCCGGUCUCACACGCCAUGCGAUCGUUACUAUUACUCCUGUACUAUAUCUAACAUUUCAACACUAAGUAUAAAACAAAUGCUGUAAAAAGUCACGCAAGUGAAAAAACGAAAAAUUUGAGCCACUUUUUACAUCCAUUAUAUUACGCUUAGUGAAUAUCUGUUGAAAAUAUUUGUGAGGAAACAACAAAUUCAAGGGAGGUAUCACGUUAAAAGUUCAGUUCAAGCCCUUAAAUAGAAGUAAUGAGAAGAACAUGAAAAACAUCAACGAGGCAUGUGAGACCGAGCCGUAAGUGUAAAAAAAAAAACUUUUAAUUUUUAAUUUUUUUUUGGUGGAGGGUAACAGGUUGACAAGUUACAUGUGUGGUACAAUUUUAAAUAAAUAAUUAACAGUUUAUAUAAAAUUAAAUAAAUGUAUGGUGUAUGUAACUAACAUAGUUUAUCUUUACCGUAUUGUGGAUGACGAAUGAAAGUCACAUAAUUAAAAAAAAAUCUUUCUAGGUGUAGAAUAUUUCGGUCAAAUUAAGUACCUAUGUAAUAAUUUUCUGUAAUCAAUUGCCACAAUUUUUUUUUAUGUAGCGAUGUAAUUGCUGCUCGUGAAAAUGUACCAACGUAUAGUGUUUAAAAAAAAAGUAGUUUUGUAAGUCUAAAAACAUGUGUAAUAUCAUUUUCAAUAAUGACCUCAUUUAAACUUAUGACUCGUAGCUUCAUUGCUGCUGUCUCGGCUCAUAGUUCGGAAUAAAUUACCAAACAUUUUACUUGUGUAACUAUUGUGUACUGUAAUUGCUGAACAAUGACUACACUGGUCAAAACAUUGCCCUACAGUACCGUAUAUAAUAAUUUAUUUUUAUUAAAUUUUCGUGUGUGACUUUUUAAAUAAUUAAUCAUUUGGUCUGGCAAUUUUUUUUAAAUAUGAAAUGCUUUGUAAUGUUACGUCUUAUGUGACACUUAUUAAAUUACUGAAUUUUA